UUCUAUCUUUCCAUCUUCUAGUUGUAACAGUCCGUUUUAAUAGUACCUCAUUUCCCACAACCUCAAUUAAGCUCCUUCUUUAUCUGUCAGUCUUUGGAAUGACCUGUGUGCGUACAUCAGUUCUAAGCUAUAGUUUUUAGAUCAUUUUUACUUCUUUCAUAGUUGUUCCUCUGCUUCCUGGUUCUAAGUGUAUUGUGUUUUCUGCUUGAUUUCCUGGUUUAUGAGUAUGGAUCUACCCAUGACUGUGUCUACCUGUUCCAUGCUCGCACUUAACACUGAAAUAAAACAGUGGUUGUAUCUAUACUGGCAUGUUGUUUGUUUGAAUCCUGCAUCAUUCAGGACCCCUCAUGGACAUGGAGCUUCUAUACGAAUAUAUCGGUAAGGAUCACCUGGUCUCGUACACUGUUGGUGCCUUUGUGCUGUUGUGGGCUUUGAUAUGGCUGUACCGUGACAGUCUAGAAAUCGACAAAAUCAAAGAGAAGUACGUGUUCGUCACCGGCUGUGAUUCAGGUUUUGGGAACCUGCUAUGUAAACAACUGGACAAACGUGGUUUCCGUGUGUUGGCCGGGUGCUUGACAGACAAAGGAGCAGAUGAUCUGAAGAGAGUGACGGGAUCUUACCUGAAGACCUGCAUACUGGAUGUUACUAGCACAGUUAGCAUUCAGAACGCUGUGGAAUGGACAAAAAAGGAGGUUGGAGACAGAGGAUUGUGGGGGAUCGUGAACAAUGCAGGACGCGCAUUACCCAUGGGUCCUUCUGAGUGGAUGCAGAUUGAGGAUUUCCAGGGCACUCUAAGGGUCAACAUGACCGGUGUGAUCGAGACGACCAUAAAUUUCCUGCCACUUGUCAAGAAAGCCCGUGGGCGAAUUGUUAAUGUGGCGUCAGUGCUGGGAAGAGUGGCAGCAAACGGAGGUGGAUACUGCAUUUCCAAGUUUGCAGUGGAAUCCUUUUCGGAUUGCCUCAGGAGGGACAUUCAACAUUUUGGAAUCAAAGUGUGUAUAAUAGAACCAGGGUUCUUCAAGACCCAGGUGACAAGCCUGGAACCACUCGAACGGGAACUUCAUCGCCUGUGGAACCAGCUGACGCCUGACGUGAAAGAGAGUUACGGAGAGAAAUAUCUGGAUAAGUACAUUAAUGUACAGAGGUUGAUUAUGAAUACUAUUUGUGAUGCUGAUUUGAGUAAAGUGACCAACUGCAUGGAGCACGCUCUGUCUGCUGCUCAUCCAAGGACCCGAUACAGUGCUGGAUGGGACGCCAAACUCCUCUGGAUCCCUCUCUCUUACAUGCCAGCUUGUGUUGUUGACAUUGCACUAAGACUGGUGUUGCCUCGGCCUGUUAAAAGUGUUUUAUAGAUCCAAACUUAAGUUGAAAUUUAUCAUACUCAGUGUUCCCUAGCUAAUUUAGACAGGAGAUUAAAGUAGUCUACUCAAAAGAACAAUUUAUUUACACUGUGUUUAAAUGAUGCAAAGUGACUAAUCUUGCUGUGAAUAUUUUUGCCUUAUUUGAUGAAGCUGAGAAAUUGCUAUGCUACAGGAGACAUCCCUUCAAAAUUGCCUUAGCAGCCAGUAAACCAAAAAUGUCUGACCAAAUUUCUUGUUUAUAACCACUCUGUGCCUUUUUCACACUAUACUUUUACUGGCUGAACAACAACAAUAUUUAAUCAAAGUAUAAUACAAGUUUUUAGAAACACUAAAGCUGUGAAUAAAACCAUACUUUAAUACAACUAA